AUGAAUAUUCCCAAGGUUUCAUCGCUUUUGAAGGGCGCGGCUAAGGCUCGUCUCCCUGUCACGCUCUCAUGUGCAAAUUAUCAUGAAAAGGUUAUUGAUCACUAUGAAAACCCCCGAAAUGUCGGUUCGCUGGAUAAGAAUGAUCCGACCGUGGGUACCGGAAUCGUUGGAGCACCGGCUUGCGGUGAUGUUAUGAAACUUCAAAUUAAGGUGGAUGAGAACGGAAAAAUUAUCGACGCAAAAUUCAAGACGUUCGGAUGUGGCUCGGCCAUUGCCUCUUCUUCACUGGCUACAGAAAUGAUUCAAGGAAAAACGGUCGACUAUGCCGGCACGAUCAAGAACGAUAUGAUUGCAAAAGAGUUGUGUCUGCCCCCGGUGAAGCUCCAUUGUUCAAUGCUCGCACAGGACGCUAUCCAGGCUGCCCUGAAGGAUUACCAGAAGAAGCAAACGAAGUCUAACAAU